CUAUCGAUUCUAUCGUCUGUGAAUUCUAUGGGGAACCCCCUCUGUCCUUAAAUCCCCCCGAUUUGUAGUGAUUUCAUCUUUAAUUUCACCUUCAGUAAAUCCACGGGGUCUCUGUCGAGCAGGGCGUACUCUAGAUCUGCUUCUGGCAUACCUAGUUUACAGCACUAGUUACCAUCAAAUUCAGCUCAAUUAUUCCAAGCUUCGUCACAAACAAAUCAUGGAAAUGGCGGCAAAAGAACUGCUAUGGGAGGUAUCCAGACUCACUGAACUUCAAAGUGUUCACGUCAGUUUAAAAGAGAGCUUUAAGGGAGCAAUGAUAACUGGAAUCUCAACACUGGCUGGUGGUCUCUUCUUGGGUCCUAUAGGAUUAGCUAUUGGAGGUACAGUCGGAGGAUGUUCCGCAGCUUUCAUGGCGAGGAAUAAAUUUAUAUCAAUUACAGAUGUAAUUUUGUACGAACUUACACCACAACAACAAUGUGAUCUUGCUGAUGCAAUCCGUAAAUGUCUUAACUCUGUUAAUAUACAAGAUGCAGUUCAGUUUGCAAUAAAUGUUGCUCAAAAUCCUUCUGUGGCUACAACUGUAGCUAUGACUGUAAUUACGUUUCUUAAUUCUCAACAAGGCAUGAAGAUUGUGGACUGAACUACAUAGUAUAAUUAGUUUUACAAGCUAUGUCAGUAAUCAGAUAUGUUUUGUGAUAAAAAUUUAGAAAUAUUCUUGAGAAACUGGAUAUAUUUUUCACAUAGAUGCUAAUAUUUGCUGGUAUUGCUACGAAAUUCAGGUUUAGUACAUUUUUUUACUGGCCUUGGUAUGAUAUUUCGAUCAUAUUAAUGCCAAUACUACUACAACUGAUGAUACGUUAAUCUCUUACUGCAAAUACAGUUCAUCGAUGAAUAACAAAAUAUUGGCACAAUUUCGCAAAUUCAACUUUCAACAAUGUAUCUGAAAGUUUCAAAUGGUUCUGUAAACAUCAAUAAUAUUUCUCAAGGGCGUUAUUUGGCAAGCAUCUGGUAUAUGUACAGAGGCAUACCAAAACCUGUGUAUGUUACGUGAACUGUAUCAUUGUAUAUUUAGGUACCUAGACCACACAAUCGCCAAAAAUCGCAUAUAAUUAGAAUAUCAAUAUUUUGGUUUAUUGGUUACCUGAACUUAUUUAAACUCUACAACUUUAUUCAUCACUUCUAUAGACAGAUACAGAUGUUGAACUUGUGAAAUUUUCUUGUAAAAUAUCAAAAAUCGUUUAAUCUAAUACCAUAACGAAUGCCAGUUCAAAUAUGACUAGUAAAUGUAAGUUGUAUGCUAGCCGAUACUAACCUAAGUAAAGUAAACAAAUAAGUUUACGUGGAAAUAAUAAAAAAAUGUAACUAUAAAAAAAACCGAAUUAUACAAAACUGUUUGACGAUUGAUUUUACACGCCUAAAUAUACAAAUGGUGCAUCAUUUGCGAAAUAUGAACAAGCUUCUAUGUCAAUAUCAGUUAAAUUUUAAAAGUAUUUUUACCACAUAUAUACCAGUAAAAUACCAGGUUAACUUAGAAAACGUUCGAAAACUUAUUGAAACACAUAAAAAUUACUACCUCUAGAUACUAUAACCAUAAGUUUGUCCCAUUAUUGUGCAUUAAACACAGAACUAACUGUCGAGUACUGGAAACAAAAAAUUUAUCAGUUUUGAAUGUAUAUAUUUACAUUUGUGAAGAGUUUGCUUUCUAAUAAAGAAAUGUGCGAUUA